AUGUCCAAGUCUCAACUACAUCCUCUGGGAUACGAAAGUAAGAUCGCCCACCUUUCCACGGGGCAUUAUUAUCGCUAUGCCGAUAUUCAUCCCCCUGAGAAUGUCAAAACUAUUGCGACUGCGCUAUUGCUCCAUGGGUUUCCGGAUUCUGCCUACGGAUGGCGCCAUCAGAUUAAAGGGUGGACUAGCCGAGGCAUUCGUUUAAUCAUACCCGACACUCUUGGCUACUACGGUAGCUCCCAGCCUAGCUCUCCUGAAGACUAUUCUACGAAGCGGCAAAGUGAUGAUCUCGAAGAGCUAGUUCGAUAUGCUGGAGUUCCAAAAGAGGACAAAAUCAUCAUCAUUUCUCACGACUGGGGUAGCGUGACCGCCGGCCGUCUGAUUCAAUUUAAGCCGGAUCUCGUCAAGGCGGCAGCAGUCUUUUGUGUACCGUUCUUCCCGCCAAGUCCUCAGUAUAUUCCACUGGAAAAAUUCAGCGAGCAAUUCCCUAAUAUGGAAUAUCAAGUGUUUCUUGCUUCUCCAGAGUCUACAGCCAUUCUUGACGCCAAUGCGGAGCGGUUUAUUCGACUGACCUAUACCUCAGCACGGCAAAGGGAUGCCGGAGAAGUUCCUUCGCUGGAGAGAGCUGGAGUGAUUGAAGGUUGGCUUAAAGACGAGAGUAAGGAUGUGGUGCCUGAGCUACUAUCACAAGAAUGCUCACAGGAGCUAACUACUAUACUGUCUGAGAUUAAAGCUGGCAAAGGUUUCGGACUCAUCAGGGCCAUGCUUAACUACUAUCGCGUUGGCCAGAUCAACUACGAGGCGGAGAAGGGCCUUCCACACGAUGUGCGGCCAGAUUUACCUAAGCUAAUUGUAACGCCGUCGGCCGAUCCGUUUCUUCCACCUGCGGUUACACAAUACGCUCAGACGUUACUUAAGAACGUCGAUGUGGUAUGGCUGGAUGGGCUAUGCGGUCAUUGGGUUCAAUUGGAGAAACCGCAGGAGAUUGAGAAGAUUGUAGGAGACUCUCAGCCCACCUCCCUCGAAGAUUAUUCUACCCAGCGGCAAAGUGACGAUCUUGAGGAAUUAGUUCACAGAGCCGGCGUUCCUAAGGGGGAGAAAAUUUUUAUGGGAGCUAUAACUACCAACCGUCUCAUACAAUUCAAACCUGAUCUUUUCAAAGCCGCCUUAAAUUUAUGUGUGCCAUUUAUCCCGAGAAGUCCAGAAUACGUACCCCUAGAAAAGCUUAUCGAGUUGUACCCCAACUUUCAAUAUCAGGCCUUUUUGGCUUCUCGCGAAUCUACGGCCAUCACGAAUGCUAAUGUGGAACGAUUUAUUCAAGUAAUGUUUACAUCGGCAAAGCAAAGAGAAGAAGGAAAAGUACCAGAUCUAGAGAAAACUGGAGUAAUCAAGAAUUGGCUCAAGGAUCAAAGUCAAACAGUCACAUCUGAGCUUUUAACCAAGGAGGAAUCAGAUACAAUGGUAGAUGAAAUCAAGGCUGGAGUUGGGUUUGGAUCGAUGCUCAACUACUACCACGUUUACAAAACUAAUUACGAGGUAGAAAAAAUCCUUCCGCUGAAAUUACGCCCUGAUCUACCAAAGUUGAUGGUAAUACCACGUAACGACCCUUUUAUACCACCAUCCUUUACGGAAGCAAUCGUAGAACAUCUAGAAAAUCACGAGAUAUCUUGGUUAGAUGGACGCUGCGGACACCGGGCCCAGUUGGAGAAGCCACAAGAUAUCGAGCGGAUUGUUGGGGAAUGGAUCAUAGAGAAAAUUGCAUGA